UGAGUUUAAGUGAGGUUAAAUUGGAAGCAAAACACGAGCAGAACCCUUUGAAAAUUCCGUGAAUUGAGUGAGAAAAUGCUGAAAACUGUGAGAGAAAUCAGCCGGUAUGCACCGCAGCACAAUGUCCUCGCCACUGGCUUCCUCAGAGAAUUUCCUUCCAGGACAGUUUUCCAUUGCCGGUCACUCUACGCGGGCUCAACUCUGGGCGUGGAUAACUUUAAGACGGUGCGAGAGAAGAUUCGAUCACAAUUCUCGAGCAUGACAGACAGAUUCCGGGAGAAAAUGAUUGAGUUCUCGAGCGAUUCUUCCACCAACAUGAUUUUCACCGAGGAUCUGAAGAACAUGAUUCAUCUGGCCAAAAACACUCCUGAGGACAUGGACUUAGUGAAGAAGAUGCUGACGAAAUUCAAUAGGCAGAACAAGGAGUUGCAAUUCGGCAACUAUGUGUUUGGCCCGGUGGUCAUGCGGAUGUUCUACAGCAUGGGAAACAUCGAUGUGCCUCUGGAGUUGAUCCGCAAUCCGGACUUCAAGGGAUUCUUCGAUCAAGUGGUGACCCAGCAGAUCAUGAUGGACAUGCUGUACGAGAAGGGAGAGUAUCAGCAGGUGCUGGACUUGUACACAAAUUGCAGUAAGAACGAGAGUCUGCGCGGUCAUCGGCACUUGGUGGUCCUCGUGAUGGCCUCAUGUUACAAGCUCAACACUCCGGACGCCCUCAAGUACGCCAUGGAUCUCUGGUCGGAUCUGCAGAAGACAGGCAAGGAGCCCAUGAGGAAGGCGGCGACAUUCAUCGCCACCUUGGCGCUGAACCAGAAGCAACCCGGAGUGGCUCUCGAGAUCAUCAGCACCGUGCGCCAGCAGUCUUACAUGACGGUGCGGAACAUCAAGGUCCUGAGCCUGGCGCAAGUGCAUCGCUACGAGGAAGUUAUCGUGAGCCUGAAGGGACUCAUUGAGGUGCAAAUGACGGGAUUCACCAUGAAGCAGUCCAUCAGCAAGGAAAUUCUCGAUCAAAUCCAGGAUAUUGUGGCUCAGUCGAAUAGCAAGGAACUCCUGGCCGACAUUCAGCGAGUCAUCAAGUUCCUCAACGAACACGGCCAUGUGACUGAGAAGACUCUCGAUGAAUUACUGUGCACAGAAGUCACCGUGACGAAUGUGAAUUCGACACGUCCGGAGCGAAGUGUUCUUGCGGGCAGCUUUAGAUCAUCACCUCGCGAGCGACAAGGAGGCUUCACUCCGAGAUUUUCGCGUCCAGGCCUUUCAGACAUAAACUGAAUACUGUUAAGAUUCCCAGCA